UUCUCGACGCGCCGGCCGCUUUUUCACUUCACAGAACCCCCUACGUGCGAGACGUUCCAAAACUGGCUCUAGUGCGUUGCUGUGUUGGAACAUUUUCGUACUGUUGUGGUGACUGGGAAGAAGCCGCUUUCCAUGACACGUUUCUUGCAAACGCCUCCGCCGCACGAAGAAGACUCUAUGGACAGCACAGCCUACAGCAGCUGCGGCGGCGUCAACGUCGUCGCGCACCUGGCACGCGCAGACUAUUUUGCAGUGGAGACACUGCUCUCCAUGAGCGGUCGAAGCAAGGAGGCUUCCGGGAUCAUGCCUCCUCCACCACCAGCUAGCGACCUCACUCCGCCAAACUCCGAAGAUGAGCAGGAAGAGACGACACCUGUUCAUCGCCAGCAAACCAUGCCCGGCUCAUCGGAGCUGGCCAGGCUGCUUCUCUCAGACAACCCAGUCGCUCCAACGCCAACAGCAGCCAGCCAUCGUACCUGCACUCCCGUUUCAGUGAUCGUCCGAGCUCCUCCGCGCACCAGCCCGCCGCCGGUGAUGGCAACGCCCGCUGUGAUACGUCAAGAGCCGGCAAGACCAGUGGUGGCCAUCGCGCCAAAGCCUCCCGCCACGGCGAUUCUCCCCAUGAUGCGCGCCGACGAAGCCCUCGUCCAGACGGCGCUCGUUCCGGUCGGGGCCGUGCAGCUCCUCGUUGCGCGGCCCGUUCAAGCCGCGUUGCUCGUCAACGCCGCCCCGGUGCCCGAAGAGCGCAGGCGCUCGUACGUGUGCAGCUACGCGGGCUGCGGCAAGACGUACUUCAAGAGCUCCCACCUGAAGGCCCACGUCCGCACGCACACGGGCGAGCGGCCGUUCGGCUGCCAGUGGGCGGGGUGCGGCCGGCGAUUCUCGCGCUCCGACGAGCUGUCGCGCCAUCGGCGCACUCACACGGGCGAGAAGCGCUUCUGCUGCCAGCUGUGCGAUCGGCGCUUCAUGCGCAGCGAUCACUUGGCCAAGCACGUCAAGCGACACGGAAGCAGCAGGCGCGUGGCACUAUGGCCACCGGUGCGGUCCGUUUGAGCCCGUGUUGUUUAACUCCCGUUGCGGUGUGGGAUUCAUCGCAGAACAAUGACUUGUCGUGUUAGGUUUUCGAAAGAGACGGGCUGCCCAGCUUGUGACGAGCACGCAAGGUGCCAAUGAAGGCGAUUGCACGACAGGCGGCAGACCCUCAGGGCCUUCUCCAGGCCACAAAACCUGGAGUUGAAUACACACAAGCGUGCCAAACUAGCCCGCGAAAUUCUGGUACGUACAUAAUCGAGCCUCAACGCGAGGCACGGCGAAGGCGAUGAAGUGUUCCCUUCCUGCUCAAGGAAAUGUCGAUAUGCUCCCGCUGCAAGUAGCCCAGGUGGCUGAGGCAGCACUGUUCAUUGUGUAUAUAUGCUUGUACAAAGACAUUUUUGACAAGAGAUAUAUAUAAUUUAUGAAUAAAAGCCAAAGGGUGCUGGUCUCCCUUUGUGUUCCAUUGAUAGCA